UUGUGCGAGGUCCAAAGUAAGCCCCUAUUUAAGUGGCUCUGCACUUUCAAGGGGUUGCUUUUUUUUAGUACCCAUAAUUUAUUAUUCAUUUACUCGUGCGUUAAUUUUUUUUAUUUUUAUUUAUUUACUCGAAGCUAAACAAAAAAUUGACAAAUAAGUUUAUUGACCAGUGAAUUUAAUUUAUUUAUUUAUGUGUAAAUAUAAUUAAUCGCGAUGCCGCGUGAGCUGAGACUGUGUACAAGUUUUAAAAAAAUAAAACGUAACGUUCACACCGCGCACAAUAUUAGAUCCCACGUGGAUCUUUUCCUCGUGUUCAUCAAUCUACUUUUAAUACUUACCCCAAGUGGAAACGCUUCCUACGAGAUGCAGGGCCCAAAUUUCACAGUAGAACCGCAGUCGAGAGUUGAAUUUACGAAUGUAAGUGGCGGUCGUGUCGAUUGUACUGUCCGGGGAAACCCAGAACCAACAGUUGAAUGGCUGGCAGCAGACGGCGGCAAUGUCGCCAGCAUACCUGGGAUUAGAAUGGUAUUUAGUAAUGGAACCAUUUACUUCCCUGCUUUUGAGGCUGAAGCAUUUCGUCAGGAUGUUCAUUGGGCGAUUUAUAAAUGCUCAGCAAUUAAUAGUGUUGGUGCCGUUGUCAGCAGGGAUGUCACCGUUAGAGCCGUGGUAAACCAGCGUUACGACCCAGAAGUUCAAAGUCUCGGUGGUUUCCUGGGCAACAAUGUACUUAUGCGAUGCAACGUUCCCAGUUUUGUACGAGAUCACGUUACUGUUACAUCUUGGUUACAGGAACCAUCAUUUAAUAUUUAUCCAUCAGCUAUGAGUGAUGGGAAAUAUCAUAUGCUUCCUAAUGGGGAUUUAAUGAUUAUUAAUAUAACACGAAAUGAUGCUCAAAUGACGUAUAGAUGUCGAACACAUCAUCGACUGACACAAGAGACAUUGGUUAGUCCUAAUGUAGGUCGUGUACAACUAGCAGAAAUAAGAGGUUUUACGCCGCCAAUAUUAAAUGAAAAAUUGCACACAAUGUCAGCACGUCUAGAGGAUACUGUGGUAAUACCAUGUGUGGCAUACGCAAAUCCCCCACCGUCUAACAGAUGGUACUUUAAGCGAGAUCAACGUGAGGAACCUAUUGAUGAGAUUUCAGGUCACUACACAAUCCGCGAUGGUUGUUUGACAAUCCAAGCAGUCCAAGAGAGUGACACUGGCACGUAUGUUUGCACGGCGAGUAAUGUUGAAGGCAGCGCAAGUUUAGAAAUUCGUUUGAGUGUUUCUGCGUCUUUGAGUGUACAUGUACAACCCCCAGUCCAGACUGUUGAUCUCGGUAAACCUGCAUCGCUUACGUGCAGUGCCAGCGGUUUCCCUCAGGCAGCUCUUUAUUGGUUGAAAGAUGGACAGCCGCUGCGGACAGGCGAUCAUAUAAGUCUAAUCUCACGGGAUCGCAUUUCCGUGAGUGCCGUUGCUCGUGAGGAUCGUGGUAUGUAUCAAUGUUUUGUUCGCAAUGAACAUGAGAUGGCACAGGGAAUCGCGGAAUUACGCUUGGGAGAAAUAUCGCCACAACUGGUGUACCGAUUCAUCGAGCAAACAAUGCAACCGGGACCAUCGGUAUCACUUAAAUGCAGCGCUGCUGGGAAUCCAACACCUCAAAUUUCAUGGCUGCUCGAUGGAUUUCCGCUGCCCCAGAAUGACCGUAUACUUAUUGGCCAGUACGUCACAGUCUACGGAGAUGUUAUUUCCCAUGUCAACAUAUCCUCGGUAAAAUCCGAGGACAGUGGGGAAUAUCAGUGCACAGCUGCUAGUCGUGCUGGUGAAACAUCUCAUUCUGCCAGGCUAAAUGUUUAUGGAUUGCCGUAUGUACGUCCGAUGCCAGCAGUGUCGGCAAUCGCGGAAAAACAACUUCAAAUAAAGUGUCCAGUUGCCGGCUAUCCCAUUGAAUCCAUUAUUUGGGAAAAAAAUGGUACUCGAUUACCAACAAACAUACGACAGAGAGUAGCAAAUGGAACCUUGACGAUUGAUACUGUUCAACGUAGCGCAGAUCAAGGUAUAUAUACGUGUGUUGCACGAAAUAAACACAACUAUACGUCACACAGGACUGUUGACGUACGUGUUCUUGUGCCACCUAAAAUCACGCCUUUCAGUUUUGCUCGCGAUUUAAACGUAGGCGAUCGUACUAGCAUACAGUGCGUUGUUGUGACAGGUGACUUACCACUGACAUUCACGUGGCUGAAAGAUAAUGUGCCAAUAGAAACACGUGACCAAGAGUCAUCCUCAAAUAAUAUCAAGAGCAAUAGUGCCGGCAUUAACAUCAAGAAAUCAAAUCAACUCGGUGGUGGUGGUGGUGGGGGUGGAAGUAGUGGAAGUAGUAGUAGUGGAAGUCUUGCUGGUGGAAAUAAAAAUCAGUUAUCAGCACGUGGCUCAACUCGAUUAUUUAAAAAUAUUGGGCACAUUGAUCAGUCAUUAGAAGAUUCAAUAACAAUACGUCACUAUGAUGCUUUUAAUAGUGCUCUGAGCGUUAGCACGAUAACACCUGCACACAAUGGCACGUAUACCUGUCGCGUGACCAAUGGCGCUGCAACCGUCGCUCAUUCUACUCUUCUCCUUGUCAACGUCCCUCCUCGGUGGGUUGUGGAACCUAUCGACCAGGAUGCUAUUGUAGGUCAUUCUGUCUCCGUGGCUUGCCAAGCUGAAGGAUUUCCGAUUCCUAAUGUUACGUGGAAACAAUCUAUUGGUGAAACACCGGGAGACUAUCGAGAGCUUGGAUACGGAGGUAUGGAGGGCAUUGAAGUUUCAAAGAAUGGCUCGUUGGUAAUUCCGAGAGUAUCGAGAGAACACAGUGGGUUUUACAUGUGCCAAGGCAGCAAUGGUAUAGGCCCUGGUCUCAGCAAACUCAUUCGUCUAACAGUUCAUGCGGGGCCGCAUGUUGAAAUAAAAACCCGUCAAGAAUCUGUCAGAAGAGGUGAAACAGCAACUUUAAGAUGUGAGGCUGAAGGUGAUUCACCUCUUGAUAUCAGUUGGCGUAAUCGCGGCGGCAGAAUUGAACCAAUUUAUGAUUUAAGAUACAUAUUGGAGAAUAAUUCAACGCCACGUGGAAUGACGUCUGAAUUACGAAUAACUAAAGCCGGUCAUGAGGAUCGCGGGGAGUACGUGUGCGUUGCCAGCAAUGCGUAUGGCAUCGAUAAAGCAUCCAUCCAUCUCCUCGUCCAAGAGCCACCUAAUUUUCCCCGAAAUUUGCACGUUGCCGAGCUCAAAAGUCGAUCGAUACUUUUGUCUUGGUCAUCGCCUUCCAGCGACUCUGAUUCAUUGAAUCCUGACUCUCCCAUCACAAACUACAUCAUUCAAUACAAAGAAGCCGACGAUGUGUGGCAUGACCACAACACGCAGCCGGUAGCAGGAGACAACACGGUCGCGCUGGUAUCACAACUAAAACCUGCCACCACCUACCACUUUCGUGUUUUUGCGGAAAAUCAUCUCGGAACAUCAGCCCCAAGCGACAUUCUUCAUGUGCAGACUGAUGGGGAGAUACCGGGUGGCCCUCCGCGGCAGGUCACCGCCGAGCCCCUGGGUCCGCAGCAGCUUAAAAUCACAUGGCAGCCUCCGGAUCAAUCUCUGUGGAAUGGUGAGCUUCUCGGCUACACUAUCGCAUCCACUAUACUGAGAGAUGAUGAACAAGCAACAAAUAUUACCCGAGUGGGUAUCACAGGAAAUGGAGACGGAUCUUACGAAUAUCGUUUGACCGGGUUAAGAAAAUUUACCGAGUACAGUAUAGUGGUGAAAGCUUUUAAUAGUAAAGGAGAUGGUCCUGGCUCUGAUCCUGUCAUAACUCAGACCCUUGAAGCCGUACCGAGUUCGCCGCCACAAAACAUUGCAUGUACAGCACUGACUGGUCAAAAUAUUCAAGUUACGUGGAAAGCUCCCCCGUCUGAUAAAAUUCAUGGUAUAAUAAAGGGCUACAAACUUUUAUAUGAACCGGCUAAUGAAGAAAGUACUGAAACUUUGGGAUCAAGAGAUACCAAGAUUACUCAAGCUCUUAGCACCGUUUUGCACGAUCUAAGACCUUACACAAACUAUACCGUGCAAAUUUUGGCUUACACAAGAGCCGGUGAAGGUGUUAGUAGUACGCCCAUCUCAUGUAUGACUGAAGAAACUGUUCCAGACGUUCCUGAGCGUGUUAAGGCAGUUCCAAGUGCCGAAAAUGUUGUUAUUAUAUCGUGGUUGCCACCAAAACGACCCAACGGUAUUGUCACAAAGUAUACCGUGUAUAUACGAGCGCUGGAUCAGGGCCAAGAAGUAAAGAUCAUUAAAGACUUUUUGCCAGCUCGAAGUUUGCACUACGAAGCCACGGGGUUGAAACUACGGGAAUCUUAUGAAGCAUGGGUCACUGCAUCUACCAAAGUAGGAGAAGGACCCAGCACUCCGGUCAUCAAACUUCAGCCAAGUUCUACCGUUCCAGCAGCUAUUGUAUCUUUUGGAGCUCCAAUAAUAACGUCUUGGCGUGUUGACGUAAGAUUUCAUUGUUUGUGUGUUGGAGUACCAGCGCCCACAGUUGAUUGGCGAUUGGGGGAUGUUAAAUUGCAAAAGAAUCAAAGAGUGGAUAUCGGAGCAGAUCAUACAUUGAUUUUGAGAAACGUACAGCGAAGUCAAGAAGGAAAUUAUUCAUGUCAUGUUAAAAAUUCACUGGGAUUUGAUGAAAUUGUUUAUAGUUUACAAGUACAAGUUCCACCAACACCUCCGACGCUUCUUGCAACUGGUACAACAACUGAUGCGGUACAGUUACAGUGGAAACAGGGAGAUAACGGGGGCGCGCCCAUAAAGGGAUUUGUGCUGGCUUAUCGUAAGGAAUUCGCAGAAUGGGAAGAAGUUAUGCUUGACAGACGUGCUAGCACCCAUUUGCUCGGGGGUUUGCAGUGCGGCACUAAAUAUCAAUUUACUUUGGCUGCUUUCAACCGCAUCGGCAGCGGGAGUGCAAGUAAAAUGGAAACUGCGCGAACUAAAGGCUCUAAGCCCAUUCCUCCCCAUAAAAAACAUCUCAUACGGACCAAUAUGACUUCCGUUGUACUCGAACUGACUUCAUGGCAAGACGGCGGCUGCCCAUUACUCUACUUUGUUGUCGAGUACAAACGAUUACCCGGCGAUUGGCUUCUUGUAUCGAAUAAUGUGUCACCACAAUCAAGAUUUCCUAUUGUCAAUUUGGAAAGCGGAACAAGCUAUGAAUUACGAGUGACAGGAUACAAUAAUGCCGGAUCAACUCAAGCGGAAUACCUAUUUAGUACAACGAGUCCUGGCGAUUUAACGAGAAUUCAUGACGGCCGGCUGCCUGAAAUAAAGGUCACGCCGGUCUAUUUCGAUGCACAAGUACUUGCGCCCAGUGUUAUAUCUGUUGUUGCUGUUAUACUUGUCAUUGGCGGUGUUUGUUUUUGUCUUAAAACACAUUCUCUGAGAGGCAGAAGAGGUAAUGAUCCAAGUUCCCAAACACAAGCGGCAUUAGAUAACAAACACAAUAUGGAACAAAGAGAACAGUAUUAUGCAACCGUACGUAAGCCUAGUCAACAAUCCCCUUGUCGGGAAGUAAAUGCAUUGGAACGGAUACCCGAGUACUCGGAAGACAUUUAUCCGUACGCAACAUUUCAUUUACCAGAGCAAGAAAAUCUUUCAGCAAAUCCAAUACGACAGGCGUAUUUUUAUGAGAGGAGUGAAACAAUGUUGCAAGGCGCUCAGAUCGAUGUUGAUCAGUACACAAAAGUACGAAGUCGUUCAAGACGCAAAUCAAAGUCAUUCAAGUCUGAGUCUGAGGAAUACGACACACUUGGCUCGGACAGUGACACCGAAGUUGGGACAAGCAGUCGCACAGAAUCAUCUAAUCACCUUGAUGAUUCGGCACCGACGUCUAUUUUAACUCGCUCACCAGGACCUAAUUCCGGGCCCCAGCGAGGCCGCGAGCAACGACUUGCUAUUUUUCCAAGGCCGGUUCAUCAUAAUGUACUAUACCACACUCACGAAUCAAGUACAUCAACCGAGCCGUCACCAAUUUCUGAAAGAAAAACCUUUCCUAGAUUAGAAAAGCAACGAAGUCAUGUAAUAACACCAGAUGUUGGUGGGUCAAGAGUUGAAAAUAUAAUACGACCGUCGCCAAAAAAUUCAGAUGGAACAACUGGAGUGCGUUCUUAUUCGGCAGCACCCUCGCCAAGUCAUACUGCCACAGGUUCACGAUUAAAUGCAUCAUCAAUAGAUCGACACAAAGAAGCCCCAGUGGGACGUCGAUCGGUUGAGUCAUUGUGUUUAUUCAAUGAUCCACAACAAGUAUCAUCCUCAUCAUCAACCUCAACCUCAACCUCACGCAAUUAUCAACGAAACGCGAGAUUACGCUCAAGAGAGCAGCAACCGCGCGAAGACUGGGGUAAUGAAUUAUCCACAUUAGAGCUCAAACCACCCUCAGGGUUCAUGGAUGCUCAUGAAACAAGCGAGGCGGAAUGUGAUAUUGAUAUGAAGCUCAAACUUCAUAGAAAACGUUCCGGACCUCUUUCCAACUCGCUGUCUAAAUCACCCAAAGACUUUACAAUCACUGUCUAAAAAUUAUAAAUAAAUUAUAAUUUUAAUUAAAUUUAUAAAUUUUAUUGUUCUAAAUGUCAAGACUUAUGUAUAACAAUAUUGAGAGUAAAAUCUAAAAAACAAAAUAAGUUAAUUAUUAAGUCAAAUAAUUAAUUAAAUAUCUUAUUGACUAAUUAUUAAUAUUAUUAAACGCUAUGUAUAUUAA